CCAACCUCACAACGAUCGACCAUCAAGCGACAGCCCGACCAGACGCCAUGGAUCUGCGUGCGAUCGUUGUCCUGUUCGUUUCCUGCUGCAUUUCUGGCCUAUGUGGUGAGCUCCUUUCGGCCUCGUUCCCGUACAAGCCCUACUGCCUGGCAUGCGUGCCUAGCAACUGUGGCCGGCCCCGCGACCCCUGGGACCUGCUGUCCGGACGAACCUACGGCGGCUCCAACUCCACCAGGGGCCGUUACCCGUGGCACGCCAUCAUCUACGCUGACGGUCAACCCAUAGGCGGUGGAGCCCUGGUCUCCUGCAACUUCGUCCUCACCACGGCCUACCUCGUUCAAGACUAUCGCCCAACUCGACUCCAGGUAAAGCUUGGCAAGACCGACCUGGACAAGGAAUCUCCCACGGAGCGCACUUACGCCGUGUACCAGCGUGUGCUGCAUCCCCGCUGGGAUCCCGAGCGCGACAUGUACAGCUACGAUCUGGCCCUCCUCCAACUCGAGCGUGAGGUGGACUUCUCUUCGGCCAACGGCUACAUCAACACGGUGUGCCUGCCCGAGCCCCGCGUCGACGCCCAAGGCUGGCUCACGCUCACCAGCUUCGGAUACGACCCGCAAGGCCGGCGAAACAACCUGAUGCAGGAGGUCAACAUUGAGAAGCUCCGCAGUGACCAGUGUCCCCUCUUCAAGAACAAGCCGUACGCCUUCUGUGGAAUGGGAAAGAAAUCUGGAAUCUGUACGGGCGAUCGCGGAUCCCCUGUGGUGCAGAUGGCGCCGACCGGAGAAUUCACCCUCGUGGGCGUCGCCAACGACUACCAGUGCCAGCCGGGAGGUACCGACGUCUACACGCAGAUCUCCUUCUUCCUCAAGUUCGUCUGCAACAUCCCCAUCCAGGUUUAAGACGAGCCCAACCCGCAGCGCCUGAACCUCGCAUCGCCAUUUCUGCAUAGUCACUUCGCUUGUAGAUAGCUCAUCCAGCGCAGUACACGCUGUCAUAUUUCUCAUUGCAAGUCAUUGUAGAUGACACAAGGGUUCACAAAUCGCUGUAACUUCCACUGAUGGGUCAAUAAAACAAAGCUGGUAUAUGU